AUGAAAAUUUCUCAUUGGCUUAAGAGCCCUUUCACUCCCACUCCAUUUGCCCUUCCCAACACCCCGCUCCUCAUGCUUGCGCCCCUCUGUUUGCUCACCCCUACUGCUGCUGGUGCUGCUGCUGCUGCUCCUAAAACCUGGUGUGGGGAGCAGCAGCCGGUGCUGGUGGUGAAGCAUCUGAGCGUGGUUAAUGGCGUGACCACUGGGAGUGGGGGUUGCCUGCUGCUGGAUGGGUACCGUGCGGUGCUCAGCCACGUGUCCUUCUCCAACUGCACGUCAACAGGUCCCAGUGGUGGUGCUAUAGCUGUUCUAGAAGCCGUUACAGCCGCUGCUACAGCCACAGCUGCAGCCACAGCUGCAGCGACAACUCUCGUUGCUACAGCUGUGACCAUCAGCAGCAGCAGGGUGCGGGGUGGGGGCGUUGGCGGGGGAUUGUACGUGGGAGCAGGGGCGAGAGUGUUUCUAAAAGGGGCGAUGUUCGAAGGGUGUUACACGGAGAGGGAGGAGGGCGUGGCAGGGGGGUAUGGUGGGUGCAUCGCGUCUUUCUCUGCUGCCAAUCUGACGGUUGAAGACUCGAGCUUCACUGGGUGCAAGGUGAGAGUUGUGAGCUUUGAAGGGUGUUACACGGAGAGGGAGGAGGGCGUGGCAGGGGGAUACGGCGGGUGCAUCGCUUCUUUCUCUGCUGCCAAUCUGACGGUUGAAGACUCGAGCUUCACUGGCUGCAAGGCCAUGGCAGGCGGGGUAAUCAACGAGUUCAACUCCUCAACCACCAUCGCCAACACCACCUUCACGGCCUGCAGCACAGCCGACCAGGGCGCCGACUUCUCACUCCUUUUCUGCUGCUCAAUGGCAGGUGGGGCAAUCAACGAGUUCAACUCCUCAACCACCAUCGCCAACACCACCUUCACGGCCUGCACGGCCGAUCAGGGCGCCGACUUCUCAGUCUUUCCCUCGGGAGGCGCAAUCCUCUUCAACACCUCCCUGCACAUGCACGUCCGGGACUCCUCCUUCCGCCGCUGCGUCUCGACUUUGACCGGCGGGGCGAUCAGUGUGCAAUCGGCCGUGGCGCCGCUGACAGUCACGGGGAGCGUGUUUGAGGAGAACCAGGCGUUCAUGCAGGGGGGAUGCCUCGAGCUUAUUAUGCUGCCGGGAGUCACGGAGAUCCUGGAUUGCCAGUUUAUUAACAACGUCGUCACAAACGUGCCAUCCUUCGCAGCAGCAGUGGUGUCGUACGGUGCGGCCCUCACAGUGCGCGCCUGCCUCUUCCAAAGCAACGCCGCCUCGCCCACCCCUGCUGGCGACGGCAGCGCCUCCGCCACGUACCUGUCGCAGGGAGCGGCGCUGAUGGUGUUUGCCUUCAUGGACCCCUUGUUCCCCAUCACCAUUUCUGACUCGACCUUCAAGAACAACUCGGCGGGGCAGGGGGCAGCAGUGUAUCUGGAUGCGGGCAACGUGACUGUAACGAAUUGCUCCUUUAUAGAGAACGGCGACCACGGGAAUUCCAAGAUUGGUGGAGCCAUGGUUUCCCGAGCCACCACCGCGCUCACCAACUGCACGUUCCACGGCAACAGGGCGGCCAGCCAGGCGGGGGCGCUGCACUUCAUGCCGUACGGCCCGCUCUCCGUCACCAACUGCUCCUUCUCCAACAACUCCGUGCUGCUCGCCCAAGGCGGCGCAAUCAACGUCUACCCGGGCAUGUCACCAGUGGACAUAACCGGCAGCCGGUUUGAGGGCAACAUGGCGGGGCUAUCCCGGGGAGGUGCUGUCUACAGUGAGAGCACAGAGAUGCGUUUCACUGACGUGGUCUUCCAGGGGAACGAGGCUGGCCUGCAGGGCGGAGCCAUCACCGCCUACGGGGCGGAAUCUGAAGGCAAGCCUGCCACAGUGACCUUCACCAGGUGUACCUUCCAGGGCAACCGGGCGGCACUGGGGGGAGGUGCUAUCUACUCGGGGCUGAGCGUGGGCAUGCGCAUGGAGGGGAGCCGAAUCAAGGAGAAUGAGAGUGCUGGCACAGGAGGGGGGGUCCUGGUGCAGGAGUUUUCGAAAGUGACCAUGACGGAUUGUGACUGCAUGAGCAACAGAGCAUCCACAGGAGGGGGUUGCCUCUCCCUCCUAGCCAACGCCACAGCCCGCCUCUUCUCCUCCCGCCUCAACCUCAACCGGGCCACCAGCGAAGGAGGAGCUGCCCGGAUCAGCGGCGCGGCCACUCUCUCUCUGCUCGCCUGCAACGUCUCUCAAAACUCUGCCCCCUGGGGAGGCGCCGUGUGGGUGGAGAUGGAAGCAAGGCUCCGAGCGGAAAACAACACAGUGUUCUCCGGUAACCGCGCGGACUAUAUGGGGGGCGUGGUGUACGCGACGCAUGUAUCCGAUGUGACUGUAUCGAAUAGUUCUUUUACCGGGAAUUACGCGUUGCAUGGAGGGGCGAUCACGGCCGAAGCCGAGGCGAAUGUCACGGCGGCUGAUUCGGCGUUUUCUGGGAAUGCUGUGUCUGCGGUGCUGCUGCAAGGGCUGGCAGAUGGACGCUUCACCAGGUGUACCUUCUCUAGGAAUAAGAACCCAGCAGGGACAGGUGGCGCGCUGCGAUUGGCCGACGGGGUGGCUGCGGUGGUGGAGGGGAGCAGGUUCGAGUGGAACGUGGCGGAGCUGGGCGGAGGCUUGGCAGUGGACGGGCAGGCUCGGCUGGACCUAACCUCAGGUUCGGUGUUCAGUGGGAAUUCUGCGCAGGUGGGAGCAGGAGCGGCGUUUGUAGGGACUGCAGUGGUGAAUGUAUCGGGAUGUGCUUUUAAGGGGAACAACGCGAGUGUGGCGGGAGGAGGGGUGGCUGUGCUAGAGCAAGCGUCAGGGGGGGUGGGAGGGAGCGAGUUCAGUGGAAACUAUGCGGUGCUGGGCGGUGCAGGGAUGUACGUGCUGCGGUCCCCCCUGGGUGCCUCAGAGGCAGCAGAAAAAACAGGGGCAGCAGGCUCUGGCGGAGCAGGUGGCUCAGGUGGGAAUUCAGGUGGAGGCCGGCAGUUACAGCAGCAGGGGCAGCAGGGACAGGGGCAGCAGCAGCAGCAGCAGCAGCAGCAGCAGCAGCAAGGGCCGGGGCUGGGGCAGCAAGGUGAGGGGCGGCUGGUGGUGAAGCAGCUGAGCUUUGAGGGCAACAGCGCGCUGUACCGGCAGGCAGCGGCCUUCUUUGAGGCCACCACCCACCGCCACCUGCGCUCGCUCUGUGAGGGGUGUGCGUUCCGAGGGGCGGGCGACACCCAAGGCACCAUGCCCGCUGGCUUCUCCAUCAAGUGGCCGGGCAGGGAGGAGGACUCCAGCAUGGUGAACGCGAAGGGCGAGCCUUUUGUGGUGCGGGCAGCGGUCGGGUCACGCAUAGAGGGGCUGCAGGUUCUCGUCCUGGACGCACUCAACCAGAGCGUGGCGCAGGACAGCACGUCGCUGGCUGCUGUGUCCCCUGACAGCCGCAUCAGCGGUGAUUUAAGGGGAACUGCUGCCAAUGGCGUCAUCACCAUCCCUUCCAUCGGCAUCCAGGUCACACCAGAGGAAGCCCAGUCGUUCGAGGUCACGGUGACCCUCUCUUCGCCCGCCAACGCCUUCCCCCCCGUCACCCGUGCGUUCAACAUCUCCUUCUGCUCUGCGGGCGAGUUCCUCAAUGCCACCUCGCUCACCUGCGACGAUUGCUUAGUUGGCCACUGGUGUGAGGCAGGGCAGCCCAUGCAGCCCUGUCCGGACGGGUUCUUCUCCUUCUACCCGCGAGCCACCUCCCCCUCCCAAUGCACUCCCUGCACCGACGACAACCUCGACUGCACCUGCGGCAUCCUCACCGUGGGGUACCAGAGCUGGCUGGACCUGCAGUCUCUGAACAACACCCCUACGACGUACAGCUGUCUGGUGGCGGAUGGGUGUGCGGGGUACGAGUACAACGAGCAGUGGGGGCAGACGACUGCCCAGGGAGUCAUGGUGCAGUGCCAGCAGGGCUACGACGAGUCCAUCCCCACGUGUGCGGGGUGUGUGGACGGCUAUUUCCUCGUGCUGCAGCAGUGCACUCAGUGCAGCAGCACUCUCACGAGGGUCUUCCCGCUGCUGCUCAUCCUGGUCAUCCUAGCGUGGAUGGGAAUGAACAUUCUCGCCGACACAUUCAGCAGCAUGGACAUCUUUCUCAAUGAUCUCCAACUGCUAGUCAUGAUCGCCUCUUUCAACCUCAACUACCCUGACCGCUGGGUGCAGACUCUCGUGAAAAUCUACAACUUUGCAGUAUUUGACCCGGACGCCAUAGGCCCGCAGUGCAUAUUCAACUACACCUUCAUCUCCAAGUUCUACCUGGGGAUCUUCAUCCCCGUUAUAGGCCUCUUCGUUUACGCGCUGCUGUACGCGCGGCACCGCUGGUGGGGUGGCACCACGUGGUCGCACAUCUACUCGUGGACCCGCGGGCCCAACCCGCAGGCGCGGCUCAUGCGCUCGGUGACAAGGAGGAGAGCUUAUAACGAGUAUGAGAACUCGAUUGUCCACGCGUCGCUCAAGUGGCUGGACCUGUGCUACGUCUCAGUGAUGGUCCGCGUUCUGUCUGUGUACAAGUCCAUGACAGUGGGAGACGCGGUGCUGAUGGCAGCAGCGCCGCAGAUAGCAUGGUUUUCAUCGGCGCACAUCGGCAUGUUCACCGUGUCGCUGCUCGUCUCCAUCGUCUACCUCCUCGGCCUGCCCCUCUUCUUCGCCUUCCUGCUGUCCGCCCGCCUAAGACGCCCUCUCCCGCUCCCUCUCCCAUCCCCUUCCCUCUUUCCCCCUUUCUCCCCCCCUCUUCCCCCCUCCCUCCUUCCCCCGCCUUCCCUCCCCCCAGUCAAUGACAGUGGGGGAUGCGGUGCUGAUGGCAGCAGCGCCGCAGAUAGCAUGGUUUUCAUCGGCGCACAUCGGCAUGUUCACCACGCCCUCUCCCGCUCCCUCUCCCAUCCCCUUCCCUCUUUCCCCCUUUCUCCCCCCCUCUUCCCCCCUCCCUCCUUCCCCCGCCUUCCCUCCUCCCAGUCAAUGACAGUGGGGGAUGCGGUGCUGAUGGCAGCAGCGCCGCAGAUAGCAUGGUUUUCAUCGGCGCACAUCGGCAUGUUCACCGUGUCGCUGCUCGUCUCCAUCGUCUACCUCCUCGGCCUGCCCCUCUUCUUCGCCUUCCUGCUGCCCGCCCGCCUAAGACGCCCUCUCCCGCUCCCUCUCCCAUCCCCUUCCCUCUUUCCCCCUUUCUCCCCCCCUCUUCCCCCCUCCCUCCUUCCCCCGCCUUCCCUCCCCCCAGUCAAUGACAGUGGGAAACGCGGUGCUGAUGGCAGCAGCACCGCAGAUAGCAUGGUUUUCAUCGGCGCACAUCGGCAUGUUCACCGUAUCGCUGCUCGUCUCCAUCAUCUACCUCCUCGGCCUGCCCCUCUUCUUCGCCUUCCUGCUGCUCGACGCACACGCCUCCGACGCCCUCUCCUCCAAUCUCUUCCGCCAGAGAUUCGGGUGGCUCACGGAGCGGUACAAGCGCGACUUCUGGUGGUGGCAUCUGGUGACAAUGGUGCUGCGCCUGGUUCACGCGCUCGUGCUUGUGUGCUCGUGUCCCUGCAGCAAGCCACUCGAGUCGAAUCAACUCUCUGCCCUCCCUCUCCCCUCUGUCCUCCACACCACCAUCACUCCAGGUGGCAUCUGGUGACAAUGGUGCUGCGCCUGGCUCACGCGCUCGUGCUCGUGUGCUCGUGUCCCUGCAGCAAGCCACUCGAGUCGAAUCAACUCUCUGCCCUCCCUCUCCCCUCUGUCCUCCACACCACCAUCACUCCAGCAAGCCACUCGAGUCGAAUCAACUCUCUGCCCUCCCUCUCCCCUCUGUCCUCCACACCACCAUCACUCCAGGUGGCAUCUGGUGACAAUGGUGCUGCGCCUGGUUCACGCGCUCGUGCUUGUGUUCCUGCAGCAAGACACUCGCGCGCAGGUGGGUUAACUCUUGAGAAGCUAGCCACUCAGGUGGGUGAUGUUUGUUUUGCUGAGCCACUCGAGAGUGUGCUGCGCCUGGUUCACGCGCUCGUGCUCGUUUUCCUGCAGCAAGACACUCGCGCGCAGGUCAAGGCGGACAGGUGGGCAUGCACAUGUUUAGUCCAAUAUCGUGAUAAUCUGCUGCUCCAGGCACUAAGAAUCGGCUCACAGUACAAGUCCUCCCAAUCAACUCUUCCCUUACUCCCUUCUUCCUCUUUCCCGCCCCAUUUCCCCUGCUUCUCCCUCUCUUUCUUCCCUCCCAUUCCAGAUCGUGAUAAUCCUCCUGCUCCAAGCGCUAAGGAUCGGCUCACAUUGCAAGUCAUUGUGAUAAUUCUGCUGCUCCAGGCGCUGAGAAUCGGCUCGCAGUACAAGUCGUCCCCCCUCGCAUCACUCUCUCUAGAUUAUCUCCAGGCCUUCCUCUCGCUGGGUCACUUCUUCUUCACCCUCGGCCUGCUCUGCUUCAACUACAUCAAACUCCCCGCCUUCUCCCAGGCUGUCUUCGCGCUCUCCUCCCUCCUCAUCCUCGCUCCCGCCGCCUUCUCCCUCGUCUUCGAAGCAAUCAACAAGGACUUAGAAAUAGUAAACCGGCAGCUGUUAAACCGAGUGUGGAAGGGCGAGCGGCGGAGAAACAAAGCCAAGUAUGACAAAAUGGACCCGUACGAUUUAGUCCCGCCGCAGGAGAUUUCCGCGUGGUUCCGCCCGCACGUCGUCUUCCCGCUGCUCUUAGCUAAGCGCGCGCACGAGCGGAAGCUUUUGCUGAAACUCCGCGACCGCGUGCAGACGUGGGAGGGAGCAGGAGCAGGAGCAGGAGGAGGAGGAGGAGGAGGAGGAGGAGCAGCAGGAGGAGCAGGAGGAGCAGGAGGAGCAGGAGGAACAGGAGGAGCAGGAGGAGCGGCAGGAGCAACGUCAGCGCAGCUGCUGUCAGCAGCCCCAUGGGCGCCGAGGAUAGAGAGGCAUGUGAGCUGGGCGUCCUACGGCAGCAGCAGGGACUUUGACGGUAGUGCCUCCGACCACAACGCCGCCUCUGCUGCCGCCGCCGCCGCCGCUGCUGCCGCCGCUGCUGCUGGUUCUUCCCCCGGCAUGUCUCCGUUUGCGCCUGCUGCUGGGGCUGGCCUCGCUUUGUCUCCUCUCUCUGGCAUGUCGCCCAUACAUGGCAUGUCGCCUCUGUCGGGAGCGAGCAACGGUGCUCUGCCUUCCAACGCCAUGCAUGGUGUGCAUGGUGCUGGCGGUGGGUCGCCCAUACACGGGGUGUCGUCGUCGCCAUCGCUGGCAUUGCAUGGCAUGCCGCCGCUUGCCCCAGCAGCAGCAGGAGCAGCAGGGGCAGGAGCAGGAGGGCCUAGCAUGUCCCCUCUUGCGUCAGCAGCAGCAGGAGGGCCGGGUGCGUCCCCACUGUCUCGUGUCUCUGCUCCUCAAACGGACGUGGAGGGAGGAGGGGAGUCCCCCCUCUCAUGGGCUCUGCAAGGGGGGAGAGGAAGAGGGGAAGGGGCAGGAGGAGGGGGAGGAGGUGAAGGAGGGGCAGGAGAAGGGGCAGGAGGAGGAGGAAAGGGGGGAGAGAUGGAGAAUGGAGGGAUGGGGCAAGCGAGGACAGAGAGCAUCAAGGUUCAUGGGCUGGUGUCGUGGGCUCAGGCAGGGGCCGAGGGUGCUGGCGCUGGGUCUGGGGAGAAAUUCGAGAGGCUGGGUGGUGAUGGCGCGGAGGGGGGCCAUGGAGGAGGGAUUGAGGUUCAAAAAGAAGGAGGGUCAGGCGUGGAAGGAGAAGCAGGGGGGAGGGGGGGAGGAGGAGAGGGAGGAGGAGAAGCAGGAGGGGGAGAGGGAGAGGGAGGAGAUGGAGGCGGGGUGGAGUACGUGGAAGCAAAGAUGAACAUGGCGGAGCUGACUCUCACCUUCCAGCGCCACCUCUCUGUGCUCGUGAGGGCGGAGAAGACCAAGAAGGACGGCUCCUUACGGCUUCUCCUGCAAUCAGAGUGCAUCCCGGACAUCCUCAGCUGGCUCACCAGUUCCGACUGUGCGCGUGGAAGCUCCUGUCUCCUUCCUCCUCUGCAGUGCCGAGGCGGAUCAGAUGCUGUCUGGCGGUGCUUCCACGCGCACCCCAUCACUCACGUCUCCCUCCUGUCUCCCACCACUCACGUCUCCCUCCUGUCCCCCACCACUCACGUUUCCCUCCUGUCCCCCAUCACUCACGUUUCCCUCCUGUCCCCCACCACUCAUGUCUCCCUCCUGUCCCCCAUCACUCACGUUUCCCUCCUGUCUCUCUCCCCGCUGCAGCGCCCAGGCGGAUCAGAUGCUUCUAAGGGAGCUGGUGCUGGCGGUGCGAGUAGCAGCACUGGAAGAAACCGGCGGGCUGGACUGGUUCCGGGGCAUGCGGUGCAGUGCGGUGCUUCCGCCGCAACCCGCAACCCUCCUCUCUCCCUUCCCCCAUCCACACAACCCACACACCCCCUCCACUGCAGCGCCCAGGCGGAUCAGAUGCUUCUAAGGGAGCUGGUGCUGGCGGUGCGGGAGGCAGCAUUAGAAGAAACCGGCGGGCUGGACUGGUUCCGCGGCGUGCGGUGCUUCUACCGCAACCGAUUCGCGUUCGUCAACAAGGGGAGAAGCAAGGGGAAAGGGGGGGAUAAGGGGAAGAGCGGGGGGAAAGGGAAGGGAAUGGAGGGGGGGACGGGUGGAGGGGAGAACGGUCAGGCUGGUGGGGGAGGCAGCCAUUCUAAGGGCCUUCUGGGGUGGUUUCAACGAGAGCCAGCACCACCAGCAUCAUCCUCGUCCACCUUCUCUUUCCCCUUAGCACUAGGUUGCUUCUUUGGUGCUGCCACUGUUGUGAUGGGCUUGCGCUUCUUGUACGCCCUCCAGAUCUUCACCACCUCCGCCCAGUCGGGCUCGUACGGCAGCAAUGCCAUGCACAUGAGGUCCGACAGCCGCGCAUCCCAGCCUGAGCUAGCAUCUGCUUCUGGUGAUUGA